GGUUAAUCCAUCACUUCAAUCCAUAACCUUUUUUUGUUUUCUUAAAAUAUUUCCGAUAAAUUAGAAAAGUUCUAUGGCUUUUCAAAGCUAUUAGAAAGUUAUAUCAUGUCGAAUCAUUAUAAAAAGUUUCUAAGACUUCUAGAGAAGUGGCCAGUUGAUAAAACUAAACAAGGAAGAGAUCUUGGUCAACACUUGCGAACUAGUCUAGAACAAAUUCUUGGUGGUAAAAAUAUCGUUGCAGUAAACAAUCCAAAGCUUGACAAGCAGUUUCAAUCACUCGAAAACCUUGCCAAUAACAUUUAUCAACAAAAGUAUCCUCCGAAGAGAAAAAACAGUAGAACAAUGUUGCUUCGCAGAUGUCCAUCAUUUUUCCCUCAGAGAUAUUUCUCAAACGUAUUACCAAAUCUUCAGAAAGAAUGUGGAAAGAAAUUGCAUGUUCCUGUUAUGGCAAAUGAAACCAUCGAGUACCUUAAACCAAAUGAUAAUCGAGUUAUCAUUGACAUGACAUUCGGUGCUGGUGGACACACAAGAAGAAUUCUUGAGGAAUCUAAAACUGUAAAAGUUAUUGCUCUUGAUCGUGAUCCAUUUGCCUACAAAUUGGCAAAACAAAUGGAAGAAGAAUUUCCUGGUCGAGUAUUUCCAAUUCUUGGACGAUUUUCUGAACUUCCAACAUUGUUAACUCAAAUGAGGAUACCCCAAAAUUCAAUUGACGGAAUACUUUUCGAUUUCGGUUGUUCUUCGAUGCAGUUUGACGAUCAUGAAAGAGGAUUCUCCAUAAGUAAAGAUGGUCCACUUGAUAUGAGAAUGGAUCGUGAUCGUUGUCCAGAUCAACCAACAGCAGCUCAAAUUCUGGCCAAAAUCGAUGAAAGAGAUUUAGCGAAAAUUAUUAAAUAUUAUGGCGAUGAAAAACAUGCAAAGAAAAUAGCCCGAGCUAUAGUCGAUGCUCGUUAUUCUGUGAAACGAAUUGAAACAACAAGAGAACUUGCAGAUUUAGUUCAUGCGACAUGUGGCGGUGAAGUCAGAAUGGAUAAACUUAAUCGAUCAUCACAUGUAGCAACAAAAACAUUUCAAGCUCUUCGGAUUUUUGUUAACAAUGAACUCAACGAAAUUAAUUACGGAAUGGUUUUAGCUGAAAGAUAUCUUAAAAUCGGCGGACGGCUGAUUACAAUCACUUUCCACUCUCUUGAAGAUACAAUUGUUAAACGUCAUUUAGUGGGAAACAUUAUCGAUGACAUGGCGAAUCCAAUGUCAUUAAAAUUCACCAGUCACAUGCUAUGCCAUGAUAAAGCACAAAUUGAUAAUCUUUUGGACACAAAUUGGCAACAACUUCACAAACAUGUCAUCGUUCCGAGAUUUGAAGAAAUUGAAGACAACCCAAGAAGUCGAUCAGCUAAAUUUAGAGCUGCAUUGAAACUCAAAUAA